GUGUCUCUUUUUCCUCUUAAAAAAAAUGCAUCAACCCAGAGAAAGAUGCAAGAUGAUCAUAUUGUUGUGGGCGAUCAUAUGGGUGUUUUUGUUAAUGGGAGAGGGAGCUAAUUCAGAUCCGCAGCUAAAUCUGCUCAACUCAGUCUGCAGUCAAUACAACGUCACCAACGUCCAGGACUUCCACACAAACCUCAACGCUACGUUCCUCAAACUCAGGGAGGAGCUCGUAGGCGGCAACAACUUCGCCACGGCAGACGAAGCUCCCGGUUCCAGCCCCACCUACGCCAUGGUGCAGUGCAGAAACUACCUCUCCCCUUCCGACUGCGUGGCUUGUUUUGAUGCUGCUUCGACUAACAGCCGGAACUGCUCUGCCGCCAAUGGGGCCCGUGUCAUCUACGACGGCUGCUUCCUCAGGUAUGAGAGCAAUAAUUUCUACGAUCAGAGCACAGACGAAGGGCAUUCCAUGAUUUGUGGGAACGAGACUGCAUUGGAACCGACAGCCUUCAACGCAGCGGUGGGGGGUCUUUUGAAUGGCCUUCGAGUGGCAACACCCCGUAGCAAUGGCUACUACGUCGCCAGUAAGAAGGAAGUGAUCAGUGGGAACAUAACGGUGUACGGUGUGGCACAGUGCAUAGAAACCAUCGGCAAAGGUAGCUGCCGGGAUUGCAUGGCCGUGGUGUAUAGGGACCUUCAACGAUGCCCUCCUAUGACGCACGGGCGAGCGAUGGAUGCGGGAUGUUUUUUGAGGUAUUCGGAAUCUCCUUUCUUUGCAGAUAAUCAAACUACUAGCAGUUUCCUCUUCCUCAAGAACGAAAGUUCCAGCAAGAAACAUGCUCUGAUCGGAGGACUGUUUGGGGGCAUUGGGUUCCUACUACUUGUUUUAGCCGUAUGUAUCUGGUUUAGAUCAUCAAGGAGAAAGAAAAUGGCACCAAGAGGUGACAUAAUAGAGGCAACAGAGCUACAGGGUCCCGCUAAUUACAGCUACAGAGAUCUGAAUUCAGCAACUCACAACUUCAGUCUGGAAAAUAAAUUGGGAGAGGGAGGAUUCGGUGAUGUAUACAAGGGAGUUCUCAAGAACGGAAAUGAAGUGGCGGUGAAGAAGUUAGCAUUUGUACAAUCCCUGAGAGCAAAAGCAGAUUUCGAAAGCGAAGUAAGGAUCAUUAGCAAUGUUCAACACCGGAAUCUCCUCCGCCUUCUCGGAUGUUGCAGCAAAGGUGCGGAACUUCUUCUUGUCUACGAAUUCAUGCCCAACAGCAGCCUCGACAAAUUUUUGUUCGGUGAAAAGAAAGGAUCUCUCAACUGGAAGCAGCGAUUUGAUAUAAUCCUCGGAACAGCGAGAGGCCUCGCCUAUCUUCACGAGGAAUUCCACCUCCGCAUCAUUCAUCGCGAUAUUAAGCCUAGCAAUAUUCUGCUGGAUCAUGAUUUCCAGCCUAAAAUUGCAGAUUUUGGUUUGGCAAGGCUUUUUCCUCAAGAUCGGACCCAUCUCAGUACCCGAUUUGCGGGAACACCCUAUGGCGUCGUUGUUCUUGAAAUAAUUAGUGGCCGGAGAAGCAGCGAGACUAAGCCUGACUCCGACCACGAAUACCUACUCAAACAGGCGUGGGGAUUAUACGAGAAUAACAGACACGAAGAACUGGUGGAUGAGACAUUAGACAGGACAGAAUAUGAAACAGAAGAUGUCAGGAAAUUCAUAGAAAUUGCUUUGAUGUGUAUUCAGGCAUCGGCGGCAUCCAGGCCGACCAUGUCUGAGGUAGUCCUUUUGAUGAGAAGCAAAGGACCCCUUGAUCGUCGGCCAAGCAGCAAGCCCAUCUUCGUGGAAUUAGAUAACAGCACAUCCAUCUUCACAGACUCUGCGUCGAAUGCCACAGCCUCCAUCAGUCGUCUCUCCGGUCGCUAACUCUUCUUACCUAUAUUAGACGCCGUGUCCAAUGGAGAUUUUAUUCCAUGGAAUGGUUUUUUUUAAAGGAAAUUAUUGAUAUACUGUGCAGUUCAAUACACUUAUUAACAUUUA